GAAGCUAAAGCUCAUGAAUAUCCAUGGCAAAUUGUUUUAUUAAAGAGAAACUAUGCUGUUUGUAGCGGUGCACUGAUAAAUAAAAUGUGGGCAUUAACGACCGCGCACUGCAUAUCAAAUAUAGAUCCAUCAGUUAUGACAGUAACCCUAGGAGAUUACAAUUUGGUCAAGUCGGAAGGGACAGAACAAACUGUUGUCCCGGAUAAAGUCUAUGUACAUCCAAAAUUCAAUCACUCUACUACAGAUAGUGAUAUAGCAUUGAUAAAAUUUAAGGAGCCCAUAACUUUUACUUUGGCAAUAAAGCCGAUAGCUCUACCAAGUGAUGAACAGGCUCAAGUUGGAAUGUACUGCAUUGUUUCUGGAUGGGGCAAAAGAAGCCUAGUUGCUGAUGAUAGACCAGACAUUCUAAGGCAGGCAGUUAUUCCUAUAGUAUCAAAUAAAGAAUGUAACGAGCCUAUAGCAUAUAAAGGUGAGAUAACUAAGAGGAUGUUAUGCGCUGGCUAUAAAUAUGGUGGUCCGGAUGCGUGCACCGGUGACAGUGGAGGGCCGCUGUCAUGUUUACGCGCUUCCCGAAAAGCGAAGCAAGAGUGGUUUUUAGCAGGUUUAGUAAGUUGGGGUUCACGAUGUGGUUCUCCGUUUAAGUUUGGUGUCUAUACUCGUGUUAGUUGUUUUCGAGAAUGGAUUAAAGAU